UAAAUUAGUUAGAAAUUAACAUAAUUUCCUCAUGGAAACCAGAAAUCUCAGAAAGAAGCCUCAGCAUAACUUUGCCGAAGAAUUCAUCAACCUUAUUAACGAAGAGAUGCUUACUUGAAACCCUGCGAUAAUGUUCCUGAUUGGCUAUAAUUAUUUCAAAUUUGGCAAAUCUCAUAAACGCAUGAGUUACUUGGACCUUGCCAAAACGAUUCAGAAGUGCACUUACAAUAAACAACUCAGCAAAGAGAACUGGAAUAAGAUCUACAGGAAGCUUCAAGAACAAGACUAUCUUAGCGAAGUUCUAGGUCUAAAAUGGUUCAAAGAUAAAAAACAGAGCUUUGAAGAGAACCAUAAAUAAAUUGGCUCCUCCCAAGCGUAGAACAAGGACUCCUCCUAGCAGAGAAGUACCACAAGACAAACUAAAGCAGCCUAAACUCGAAGAGAAUCCAGGAUUUGGGUCUUACUUAGCAACCCCAUUCAAAAGAUUUUUCUGCUCAAAAGAGACUCCAGACCCUCCUUCAACAGAAAUCCCAACCCUAGCCAAAAUAAAUACCGAGAAGACGCCUAAAAAGGUACUAAAACUGACCAAAGUCCCCAAGAGAUCCCAAAAACCCACUGUCAACACUCCUCCAAAAAGACGUCUCUCCACUCUAUCCCCCCUUGCAGCUCAAGAUCUGGCCUCUCCUCACUCUUCCUACCCGACCCAGCAUCUAUCGAACCCAGACUCUUCCUUCCCCACUGACUGCGAUCCUUCCAAAUUCACCUGUCCGUCCUGCCUCACUGCCUUCUGCCUCAUGUGCAGGGAUGCCUGGCAUCCGACCCAGAGCUGCGCCCAAGCUGAGAUGAAGCAUGCUGAAGAAGAAAGAGUAAGGGACUCACUGAAGAACCAGAGUUAUAUGAAUACUAUUGACCUGAAUUAAGCAUGUAUUACUGAAGGAAUUAGAUAGCGAGGUGGGUUAUAUACG